AGACGGAGCCCUAGAUUCUGUGAUAGAAAAUCUCCCUCCUCUGACACUGUCCAGAGGUCUUCAAUAAAGUAGUCAAUACUGCACAAGCAGGUCGGCUGCUCUCUGUAGGAGAGCUUGGUCAGAACAGUACCAUGCCUGAGCAAGUGAAGCAAGUUGGUACAUACACUGUGGCUAUUGGCCAGGGAAAGCCCAAGAAAGGAGACAAAAAUGCGCUCUCACCGAUCUACAGGAACUCUGCCGCCAAAGACGGUUGGCCGGGUGUGGACGGUGGAUGCACCACUCUUUAUGAAGUGUUUGAGCAGAGCGUGAAGCGUUACGGUGACUGCAAAUGCUUGGGAUGGAGGCCGAUCGUCAACGGCAAAGCGGGUCCCUACGAGUACUGGACUUACAAAGAGACGAGGGAUAGGGCCGCUAUUCUGGCGUCAUCCAUCACAGCCUCAGGCACCAAGCCGGGGGGCAGGGUGGGCAUCUAUGCGCCCAACUGCCCCAACUGGAUGCUCAUCAUCCAGGCCUGCAACCGUUCAUCUCUGUAUGUCGUGCCCCUGUACGAUUCACUGGGCGAGUCAGCGGUGGAGUACACAGUGAACCACUCGGAGACUUCCAUCAUCUUCGCAGAGGCCUCCAAGCUGGUCUUCCUGGCCAAGGCGGCCAAGAAUGUGAAGGAGAACGUGAAGACUGUUGUGUACUGGGGCGACGCGCCCACUGUGAAGGAUGCCACUGCCAGCAUCGAGAAAGAGGGCAUCAAGGUGUACGAGUGGGAGGACUUCAACAAGCUGGGCAAGAGCAAGCCAACAGCGCCCGUGCCCCCCAAGGCAGAUGACCCUGCCACCAUCAUGUACACCUCUGGAACCACAGGCAACCCGAAGGGCGUGGUGCUGACGCACAAGAACGUGCUGGCGACGGUGGCGGCGCUGCAGACGUUUGUGCGCGAGGUGGGCCUGGACUUGGGCAGCGAUGACAGCACGCUGUCGUACCUGACGCUGGCGCACAUCCUCGGGCGCGCCCUGGAGGAGUUUGCUCUCUCCGUUGGCGCCUCCAUCGGCUACUGGCAGGGGGACGUGAAGAAGCUGACGGACGACAUAUCGGCGGUGCGGCCGACGCUGUUUGUGGCAGUGCCGCGCGUAUUGGAGCGCAUCCAGUCGGGCAUCCAGGCCAAGCUCAAGGCCAAGCCCUGGCUCGUGCGCACCCUUGUCAGCCUCGCUUACCGCUGGAAGCUCUCCAAGCUCAAGGCCGGCGUGCCCCUCAACCGGGCGACCCCGCUGCUGGACAGGUACCUGUUCAGCACGUUCAAGAAGGCCUUUGGCGGCCGCGUGCGCUUCAUCGUCAGCGGAGGAGCCCCCCUCUCCACCCAUGUGGAGGAGUACCUGAAAGUCACCCUCUGCACCCCCGUCUUCCAGGGGUACGGUCUGACUGAGACCUGCGCGGCCUCCUUCAUUGCGCUGCCCCAGCAGGACAACAGCGGCACAGUGGGACCCCCCACAGCAGGCGUGGAGCUGCGAUUUGAGGGGUCAGAGGAGCUGGGCUAUGAUCCGUUGGGAACUCCGCCGCGCGGAGAGAUCUGUCUGCGCGGCCCCAUUGUCUUCGACGGCUACUACGAGGACAAGAAGAAGACCGAGGAGUCUUUUGAUGAGGACGGGUUCUUCCACACGGGAGACGUGGGCGAGCUGACGCCCGGUGGCGCUCUCAAGGUGGUGGAUCGCAUCAAGAACAUGUUCAAGCUGGCGCAGGGCGAGUACAUCGCGGCAGAGCACCUCGAAAACACCUACUCGGGCACCGACGCGGUGGAGCAGAUCUGGGUGUACGGCAACAGCUACGAGAGCACGCUGGUGGCAGUGGUUGUGCCUGACAGGAAGGAGCUCACUGGCUGGGCCAAGGACAACGGCAUCGACGGCGACUUUGACGCCCUCGUCAAAAACCCCAAGGCAGCGGAGCAUGUGACCAAGGAGCUGGCAGCGAUGGCGAAGCAGGCGCGGCUGAAAGGCUUCGAGCGAAUUGCAGCGGUGCACCUUACAGCCGAGCCGUUCUCCACAGACAACAACAUGAUGACGCCCUCCUUCAAGCUCAAGCGCAACAUCCUGCAGAAGACCUUCCAGAAGCAGAUGGACGACCUCUAUGCCAAGCUCAAGGCCGCUAGCUCCCGAUAGAUGGAGGAUGUGAUCAUCAUGUGGGGGAUUCAUGCUGGAGUCCUGGGUGUGAUUUAUCCAGUCAGACUGCUUCAAAGGAAAGAGAGGGAUGCAAUGAAACGGGGCACAUCUUAUUUAUCUUGUACCGCAGAGUGUCAGUGAAAGAAAGCAAGGCCAGUCAGUGACUGGCAAAACAAGAAUAGCAUGUGGGAGAAUGAUAUAAAGAUUGUCGUGUGGCAGCUCGCAGAGAGAGCUUGGGAUUUCGCGCUGUUUUGGUGCAAGUAUUCCCUGGAAAAAUGUGGCCAAUGUAGGAAACGUACUGAAUGCAGACAGUGUUCUCACCUCAGCAGGUAAUUUUCAGAUUUUUCUGUUGUAGAAAUGAAAGUGAGGAGCAAUACUCGGCAUACUGUCACAGUGGUAUAGCUUCCACCUUCAGGCAGAUCAGUGAACACGUAAAGAAUUGAGCCUCAUG